UGCUUUUCCGCUUUGACGGCAACGUGCUCACUGUGAAUGGGCUUGCCCAAAGCUUGCAACUGCGGUAACAACAGCAUUGCCUCUUUUCUAGGCAAAAGAUGCCCCAGAAGAAAAAAAGGCUCUGGAAAGUCCUCUUCUGCAUCUCUGCCACUCUUGGAGCUGCCAGAGCAGUCUGCAGUGGAGACGAACCCCUUGCAGAACUCGCUUGCUUUGUUGAGGCAGCAAGUCCACAAGACGCAGCUUCUGUGGGAGCAGGUGGCUCGCCUGAGUGCCGAGAUCAGCAGUGUGAAGAAGGAAGUUCAGCAGCUGAGAGAGGCAAUGCCCGAGACCGCUCUGCAGGACUAUGCCCACAUGUCCGACAGGGCCCUCAGAAGCUCAGGUGCCACCAUCGACAUCCGGAGAACGUCCAAGAGCUACGAGGGGCCAGAGCAUGGGCUCUGCAGGGCUCUGUGGUUGCUCUGCUCUGCUGCAAACCCUCCACAAACAAUUCUGCAGCCAGACGUGACUCCCGGACAGUGCUGGCCUUUCCAAGGGUCUCGGGGGCAGGUGGUCAUUCGGAUGCCUGCACCCAUCCAGCCAACCGCUGUCACCGUGCAGCACAUCUACAAAGCAGUCUCUCCGUCCGGGACCGUCAGCAGCGCCCCCCGACAUUUCACUGUCUCGGGAGUGGACGAGGAGGCGGAAGAAGAAACUCUCCUUGGGACAUUCAUGUACGACGUGGAAAAAGAGGCCAUGCAGACCUUCCCUCUCAAGCAGGAGCUUUCCAGAGCCUUUCAAUACAUAAAACUUUUUGUGCGGAGCAACUGGGGAAACACGGAGUUCACCUGCAUUUACCGCGUGCAGGUUCACGGGAAGGUGGCGAGCCAGACCUCCUCUCCGCAACCCGAAGACAUGAGGAGACCUCUUCUUAAUAAGAAAUAAAAAGAGGAAAACAAGCAAAGGCAGGCCCAGGGACAUGGCAGGGUGCACUGUAACCGGAGGCCUGGGGUAACGGCAGCUGCCGAGGGAGCACCCGACCCGGGGUAGCGGCAGGACCGGGGCUACUGUCACGGACCCAGGGCAACAGCAGGGUGGGAAAAUGGCACGCGAGGUAACGCCAUGCUCCAGGGUAACAGCACGGCCCUUAUUUGACACAGCAGCCCGGGAGAGCAGCACGUCAGUGGAUAGCUCUAGAGCCGGGAUAACGGCAAGGCCUGGGGUGAUGGCAGCCCCUGUUAAUGGCAGUCCCGGAGCAGAGGCAGCCCGGGAAGCCGCUGGCUGCGGGUAACAGCAGGGCUGCAGCAGCGGCAGGAGCAGGUAAGGGCAUGCUCGGGGUCCCGGAAGGCCUAGGCACCCCAGCCCGCACAGAAGGACCCUUUCAGUCCCUGCCUGCAGAGAGGGACCAUGUCAUCAGUGCCAGCUGCUGCUUUAGCCAGUGCAAAGAAGCUGGACUGCUGUGGC